UGCUCAGUUCCUCUCUGCGCUGUCCUGAGCUUCUGCCCUUUCAUCCGCAGGUCCUCUCCAUUACGGUGGAUUCAUGCUCAGCUCUCGCCCUCCUCGAUCGCCAUGCAGAACAACCACCAUAAGGAGCAUCUCUAUAAGAUCCUUGUGAUAGGGGACCUCGGGGUCGGCAAGACCAGCAUCAUCAAGCGCUAUGUCCACCACAACUUCAGUCCUAACUACAGAGCCACCAUCGGGGUGGACUUUGCGCUCAAAGUCCUCAACUGGGACCAGGAGACGGUGCGUCUGCAGCUGUGGGACAUCGCAGGUCAGGAGCGGUUUGGCAACAUGACCCGUGUGUAUUACCGUGAAGCCAUGGGCGCCUUCAUCGUGUUUGAUGUCACGCGACCCGCCUCCUUCGAGGCUGUCACCAAAUGGAAGGAGGAUUUGGAUUCCAAACUGACACUAGCCAAUGGGAAACAUGUAGCCACUGUGCUUUUGGCUAAUAAAUGCGACCAGGGUCGGGACGUACUGACCAAUAAUGGAAUAAAGAUGGAGCAAUUCUGCCAGGAGAAUGGCUUUGUGGGAUGGUACGAAACAUCUGCUAAGGAAAACAUUAACAUCGACGAAGCAGCCAACUGCUUGGUGAAACACAUCAUUGCCAGUGAGAAUGACAUGCUCCAAUCAGAAGUCCCCGACACCAUCACCCCUCAGUUGGAGAAGGACAAAGGAGGGACAUGCUCCUCCUGCUUCAGAUCCCAGUAACACUUCCCGACAGCUGGACGUCCUUUUGUAUCUCAUUACACACAAAGUCAAGUCUGUGCGCGAGCAAGACACAGAGGAAGAACUACUUUGGCUGUUUUGUUUUGUUUUUUUUAAGGAAGAGGACGUGUAGGUGCCAAGUCUUCUCCUGUCUGCUAGCUCGGGUUGGGGUGGAUGACAGAGGGGGCAGCUGGCUCAAGAAAUGGAAGGACUGAAACAGAGACAGACAGAGAGAAAGAGAGAUGGAUGCAGCUGUGUGCGCUUGUCAAAGGCAAGGUCACCCCCUGGGCGACUUCAAGCCUUGACACUGCCACUUCAGUUGCCAUGGAGACACAGCUAAUGAACACAUGCACAGAGAGGUUGCAGCAAAUCACAGUGUAUCUGUACGAAAGGUCUAUGGAGGUAAUCACUAUACAAACUAUGGUAGAUGUCUCUUUUCUCCCUCCCUGCUGCCGUCUCCCGUCCUCUUUCUUCUUCUUUCUUGCCUGUUUUUUCUUCCUUAACCUUCCUUGACAGCAUUUUCAGUUUUUCAUGUCACUCUGGGCUAACAAGCAGGCAAAAGGCAAAUUUAGGUUUAGUUUUCUACCAGCUAUCCACAAGCAAUACCCUUUUUGUUGUGGUAAGACAACAGCUAUAUUAUAUGUAUUUUUUUCUCUAAAAAAAAAUCUGGUUUCAUUUUAUUUUCCACUGUCAUUUUUUGGACACUGUGUUAUGGGGUGUCCUGCCUCAUCUGCAUCCGCUGGCUCCAGUAAUGUGUAGCAGAUUAUAUGGAUGUAAUAAAGUGUCUUUUCUAAUACAGCCCAUUUUAUUUAAUGUCCUUAAUAGAUAUAUUCACUAUAUAUAUAUAUAUAUAUAUAUUAUUUAUAAGUGCUGUUAAAGGAGUGUAUUUUUUCUUUCUUUUCAUCACUGAUAAUCAAAUUCAUUUCCAUGGCAACGUAUUCAGAAUUCUGUUAUAAACAUUGAAUGUGUAUCAAAGAAAGCUGUAUUAAAGCAACUCUGUUGUAUCUGUUUUAAUCCAGUGGUUUUACAUAAAAAUUUCUACUCCACUGUGAAAUAUUUGUAAUAUUUGUAAUUAUGGAAUAAAUGCAAAUAUGUAUACAACUAUGUACAUAUUAUAUAGAACAAACUAAAGACACAUAAUAGAACCAAAGAUGGAUCCAGUUUUGAAAAUGUUCAUAUGAAUAAACUGUAGCUUUACUGAC